CUGCAACUGUGAAGACAACAAAAACAAAUGCUUGAAACGGCGUUGUUUAGUUUAUAAUGGAUUUCGUGUUGAAAUUGAAACAAUCUGGACAUGACUAAAAAGUGGCAAAAAAUCCUAUACGAUAAACAAGGUGUUCCAGACAACUAUGUUGAUCCUACCUUUCUAUCAGACUUGAAGAAAAAUGUUAAUCUUCGUAAAUAUUCAAUGUCUGAAGCCGUCAUCGGCGUGCUUCCUGUGACGCAUGAGAUUUGUUGCACUGUUUUGUUUGUUUUGACAUUUAUUUUUUUAAAAGAAGAAAUAUCAUCCAUUUUCGGAACAGUAGGAGGUGUUUUAUUGCUUCUUCUUGUCUCGAAUCUUCUUCAUUUACCUUUCGCUAAUAUUAGCACUAUUAAACUUGGACAGUUGAAGUUUAUGGAUUUCACUAAAAGUUGCGUGAUAUUUUUGGGCUUCGGAUACAUUUUUUCACCCAUUUUAAAAGACUUAACUAAAACUGUUAGUACAGAUACUAUUUAUGCUAUGACAUCUUUAAUGCUGAUUGUUCACGUUUUCUUUCAAGAUUAUGGUGCUGAAGCUGCAAUAGUUUCAAGCAGUUUAUCUGUAAAUUCUGCCUUAUUUGCCGCAGUUUGUUUAUCUUCAAGACUUCCGACUGUAUUUCACACGUUUGCUCUUGUCAUAUUAGCUGUUAAAAUAUUUGUUUUAUUGCCCUUAUUUAGAAGAGCCUUUAAAGAAUCCAAUAUAAGCAUGUUUUUGAACACUGUAAUGUUAUUUAUAACUGAUUUAGUAAUCCUAGUCUACCUUUCUCUUUUCUAUGCUAUUCUUUUUACUGUACUUUGUUUUGUAAUCAAUAUUCUAUGUCCUUCUUUAUUUGUUUAUUGCCAAAAGUAUAAAGACAACAUAUUCGGGCCCUGGGAUGAAGCUAUUGUAAGGCAAGAACAAAAAGCAAAAAAGAAUCAUGAUCCACUUUCAGAGGAACUUGUCAGUUAAUGAGAUUACAUCUUAAAUUGCCUAAUUUCCUAUUGUAUCCAGAAGCAAACAAUUUCAUAUGCAGAAAAAAAAAUGAAAUCCUUAUGAAUUUUCUGAUCUUAACGUACUAACUUAUAUAGAAUUUGAUCCUCAAAUGAGCCUUUACAAGCUCAUUUCAUAAAUUCGCCCAAAAUCUACUACACUACUAAAUUGCAACAGUUUUUGUUUAUUUGAUCAUUUCGAUACUUUACUUUUCAUUGCAGCCUUUUUCUCUGAAUUUUCAUCUUAAGGUUAAAUUUGAAUGAAGUUUUCCCAAGAGAAAAAAGAAAUUAUUGUAAAUUUUCCUCACUGUUUUUAAGAAACUAAUGAACAAUUUGCCAAAAACCAAAAAAAAAAAAAAAAAAAGGAAAAGUUCAUACUGUUUCAAAAUGUUUACAGAACCCUCAUUCAAUGGUAAUGAUGAACAACAAUGAAAAUAUAUCACAUUGUCAAGAGCUAUGAGGGCAUAUACUCUGAAAAAAUUACAAUUAAAAUUUAAAAAAAUCUCAUGAGGGAGGGGGGGGGGGCACCAAAUUCUAUGUAGGCUACUGGUGUUAGUUCAAGAGUUACGUUAAUGCAGCAAACCCAAUUUUGGAUUUGUAAAGUAAAAAUAUGUUUCUAAAUGUAGAAUUCCAUAGUCAUGAUUAAGUGUAACUAUACAAAUCCUAGUGACCAAU